AUGUGGUCUAGGUGUUUUCUAAAAUCAUCACUCACGCAAGUUUUACGUUCUCGUCGUGCAUCUAUUUCAAGAGCAUUUUGGAAUACACAAGAUCAUCAUGAUGAAAAACGUUUUUCACCAUUUUCUCCACGUUUGGGAAAACGCGAAAAUCAACAGGAAGAAGAAGAUAAUGAUGUUGUUGCUGUUAAACAAACUCAACCAUUAUUAAAUACAAUUGAUAUGAAUUUUUUAAAAGCAUUUUAUACAGUACUUGCCAAUUCGUUGGAUUCAGACUCGAAUGAUGUGAUAUAUCAAGAUGAUAAAUAUAUCUGUGUUACUCAACAAAUUAUUGAAGAUAUUACAAGACAAGUUAAUGAAAUGUUUUAUAAUAAUGCUAAUAGAAGAAACGUAUUUCAAGGUGAUCACAAAUAUUUUUUACAUCCCUAUGAAAAUGCAUUAAUAUUUCGAGCACGUACCGGAUAA